AUGGACGUUGUUCCCUCAUUCAGACAAGAUGGCAAGUUGACCAUCAUCACCGGAGGUUCUGGCGGAUUAGCCAACCCUAUCGCCAAAGCUCUUUUGGCUAACGGCUCCGAAAUCGCACUCAUUGACAUGAACUUGCAAAGAACACAAGAUGCUGCUUUGGAGAUUGCUGACUGGGGUACUGAAUACUUCAAGCAGACGGGUUUCUCUGGUGUUGUUCCUAAGGUCUCCGCUUGGGUUUGUGACAUAUCAGACUUUUCCUCUGUCGAGUCCUGUUUCGCUGAGAUUGCAGAAAGCCACGGAAAGUUAGCCACAAACUUGGUGAACACUGCAGGUUACUGCGAGAAUUUCCCAGCGGAGGAUUACCCAGCUGCGAACGCUGAAAAGCUGAUCAAGGUGAAUCUGCUUGGCUCUUUGUAUGUUGCACAGGCACUUGCCAAGCCACUUAUCAAGCAGGGCUUGACGGGUUCGCUUGUGUUGAUCGGAUCCAUGUCUGGAUCCGUUGUCAACAACCCUCAGCCACAAGUUGCCUACAAUGCCUCCAAGGCUGGUGUUAUCCACAUGGUCAAGUCGCUGGCUGCAGAGUGGGCCAAGUACAACAUCAGAGUCAACACUUUGUCUCCAGGCUACAUCCUGACUCCUCUCACCAAGAACGUCAUCAGCGGUGAUGUUGCUAUGAAGAACUCUUGGGAAUCCCAGGUCCCAAUGAAGAGAUUGGCCGAGCCAAAGGAGUUUGUUGGAAGUAUCUUGUAUCUCCUCAGUGAGUCUGGUUCCAGCUACACUACUGGCCACGACUUGAUCGUUGAUGGUGGAUACACUCUGUGGUAA